AUGGAGGAUCUUUUUGGAAGUGAUACUGAUAGUGAGGCCCGAUCAGCUCCUGCUAGCCCUGUAGCCAGUCCCCUUAGCCAACGAAGUGCAUCUGGGGAAGAUGAAAAAUCUGGAAGUGGGUCUGAUUCUAAUGAGAGUUCAGGCUCAGAUAACGAUGGUAGCAAUCAGUCUGCAGCUUCAGCCAAAAGUGAUGCUGGCAGUGGCCAAGAAAGUGAAGCAGAAAGUGCACAUGGAUCACCACAAGAGAGUGGAUCUGAAGCUGGUAGUCCAGCCCGAAGUGACCGAAGUAGAUCAGGUAGCCCACCAGGUUCACCUGCAUCAUCUGCUGCAAGUGGCAGUGAUGCACGAUCUAGAUCUCGAGAAAGUAGCCCUGCCGAUAGUGACCGAGGCAGUGCUCGAAGCAGUCGUGCAAGCAGUGUUGCUAAGAGUGAUGCAAGCAGUCACCCAGCGUCUCCUGCACAGAGUGAUGAUAGCCCCCAGGGAUCACCUGUAGGUAGUGAUGGUAGUCGUCCAGGUUCUCCAGCACCUAGCGAUGAUGGUAGCCAACCUGGUUCCCCAGCUCAAAGUGAUGCUAGUCAGCCUGGUUCUCCAGCACAAAGUGAUGGAAGUCGACCUGCAUCACCAGCCGAAAGUGAAGGCAGUAGACCAGCUUCCCCGGUAGAAAGUGAAGGCAGCAGACCAGCUUCCCCUGCCCAGAGUGAUGAUGCUAGUCGGCCUGCUUCUCCUGUGGACAGUGGCGGUAGCUGUGCUGCCUCCCCUCACAGUGAUAGGAGCCAUCCACCGUCCCCUACACACAGUGACAGGGAAAGUCAAGGAGAGGAAGAAGAUAAAAUGGAAAUAGAUAAUGAUGAGGGAAGAAAGGAUAGAAGUGAUGAUGAAAUGGACAAAGGGCAUUCAGAUGAUGAGAAAAGCUCUGGGGAUGAGGGUAGCAAAAUGAAAUCAGGGGACAGGGGCUCAGAUGCUGGGACUAGUGACAAUGAAAGAGCAAAAUCUGAUAGUGAUGAUGAUAAGCAGAAAUCAGAUGAUGAGAAAGCAUCAGAAAGAGUUGGUAGUGAUGAUGACAUGGACAGGAACAAGUCAGAUGAUGAGAGAGUAUCAGAGAUGAGAAGUUCUAGAGGUGCAAGUGAUGAUGAAGGUGAUGGACAUGCUUCAGAUAAAGGUUCAGAUGCUGGCAGUGCAAGAAGAGCAAGUGAUGAUGAUGAGGAUGAUGAUGAUCACAAAUCUGACAAAGCUUCAACAGCUGGCAGUACAAAAGCCAAAAGUGAUGAUGAGCAUGGAUCAGGAAGUGAGGAUGACAGAGACUCGGAUACUGGUCAGAGGCUGAAAAAAAAAGCAAAGCUUUCAGAUUCUGAUUCACAUGCCAGUGGUGCUGGGAGUGACGAUGAUGAACAAAUUGUACGAAAAAAGAAACGUGUUGUGAGCGACGAUGAUGAUGAUGAUGAUGACCAGAAAGAAAAAGGCUCGGACAGUGAAAACAUGCUUGCAACUGCUGAUGCUAUUUUUGGAGAUAUGGAUGAUGUUUCAUCAGAUGAUGAAGAUAAAGAAGAGUCUAAAACACAGGUUCCUGUUAUUGAAGAAGAGGAAGAGGAAGAACAGCCUCAAGAAGAAGAACCACCUGAAACAAUGAUUGAAGUAGAAAUUCCACGAAUUGUAACGAAACUUGGAAAAUCUCUUCACUAUGUCAAAUUACCCAAUUUUCUCAGUGUUGAAACCCGCCCAUUUGAUGCAUUGACAUAUGAGGAUGAAAUUGAUGAAGAUGAAGUAUUAGAUGAAGAAGGUAGAGCCAGGCUCAAACUUAAGGUUGAAAAUACUAUCCGAUGGCGGACUAAAAAAGAUGAAGAAGGCAAUGAGAUAAAAGAUGAAGCAGGAAAUGUAAUUAAAGAAAGCAAUGCUCGAAUGGUGCGUUGGUCUGAUGGAAGUAUAUCACUACACUUGGGUAGUGAAAUUUUUGAUGUUCAUCCUAUGUUGUUGCAAGGUGACUUCAAUCAUUUAUUUGUCCGGCAGGGAACUGGUCUCCAAGGACAAUCAAUAUUCAGAACUAAACUUACAUUCAGACCACAUUCCACAGAGUCUUUCACUCAUCGAAAGAUGACAAUGUCAUUGGCUGAUCGGUCAACAAAGACACAAAAGGUAAAAGUUAUUCCCAUUGCUGGAAAUGACCCUGAUGCACACAGAGAAGAAAUGAUUAAGAAAGAGGAAGAACGUCUCCGGGCAACAAUCAGGCGAGAAAGCCAACAAAGAAGAAUUCGAGAAAAAGCUCAUGCUAGGGGCUUGAACUCUUCUUAUCUUGAGGGUGAAGGAGAUGAUGAAGAUGAAGAUGACACCUCAAUUUCUUUAUCAGCCAUCAAGAAAAAUUACAAACCAGGAGCUAAGAGGGAUCGUGCCAAUAUCUAUUCUUCUGAUAGUGAUGAUGAUUAUGAUUCUGAAAAGGAAGAGAAACAAAACAAGAAGUCAUUGAAAGCCAAAAAGCUGGAGAGUGAUGAAGAGGAUUCGGGAUCUGAUUCUGCACCAAAAAAGAAGAAAGCACGUAUUGUCGAGAGUGAUGAUGAAAAUAAUGCAGGAAGUGCAAGUCAAAAUGAAGUCAGUGCAAAUGAAAAUGAAGACAAUGAUUCUUCCUGA